AUGGACGCGGGGGCCGACGCGGCAGCGGGCGCGCGGCAGGCCGCGGCGAGGCAGCUCGACGACGUGUCGCUCUCGCAGGUCGAGACCCACGCGGCCAUCGCGGAGGAGUACGCGGCGGAGGCCAGCCAGCUGGAGACGAACGUCCGGAUUGUCAACCAGGUGGUCGUCGACAUGGCCCGAAUUACCAUGGCGCAGGGCGAGCAAGUGAACAACGUCUUGUCGUUCAUGGAGGAGGCCUCGCAGAGCGCCGCGUCUGCCAGCCAGGAGCUAGUCCAGUCGAACCAGAACCAGCAGCGGGGCACCAGGAGGCUCCUGCAGGUGGUCGCGCUCGCGGUCCUGCUCGUGGGGGCCAUCGUGGUCGCCGUCCUGCUGAAGCACGGCUGA